CACUUUUAUUGACCUUUGAUUCAGUAAAAAGGCGAGGUGAAGACAAAAUUAAAUUGAUGGCCAGCAUGGACACCCGUCUCGUAGCUGACCAGAUGGCUAAUGGAGGGAAGGGGGUCGAGAAAGAAGAGCACCAGCAGGUCUAUGAUGAUGGCACCAACACCUUCUUCUGGCAGGCCCACACUAUCAGUGCAGGGGUCCUCAUUGGUCUGGGGCUCAUCUACGUGGCUCUGUUUGAGCAGCCUCACAAUGACACAAUGUUCAACAUCCAACGAGGAGUGGUGGCCGUGGUGAUCGUGUUCAUUCUCAUUGGGAUGAUCCACAUGCCCAAUGGUCCGUUUGUGAGGCCACACCCUGCCCUGUGGAGACUGGUCCUGUGUGUGCUCAUCCUCUAUGUACUACUGCUCAUCUUCCUGUUGUUUCAGACAACUGACGAUAGCAGACGCUUCCUAACUUUGAUAGACUCCAAUCUAGGCAAACCACUGAAGGAGACAAACUAUGCUGUAGACUGUCGGGUAUAUGCUCCUGACCAUCCAAACGGUCCGUUUUCCAACAUAAUGGAGAAAAUGGACGUGUUUGUACUCUGUCACUUCUUUGGAUGGUGGGGGAAAGCAGUAAUCAUCAGGGACUGGUUCUUGCUGACUGUGCUCAGUAUAGGCUUUGAGCUAGUCGAGUACACUCUGGAGGUGCACCUGCCCAACUUUGGGGAGUGCUGGUGGGACCACUGGAUAAUGGAUGCUCUAGUGUGUAACUCUCUGGGCAUCCUCUGUGGUAUGCUCACAUGUGAAUACCUGGAGAUGAAGACUUAUCAAUGGCGGGGGCUCUGGAAGACGCCAACACUUAAAGGCAAAAUGAAGAGAUUUGUUGGACAGUUCAUGCCCUACUCUUGGACUAGCUAUCGCUGGGCCUACACUGAAUCAUUCGGACGAUUCAGUGCCAUAUGUUUACUGACAAUAUGGUUUUUGAUGCAGGAGGUGAACACGUUUUAUCUCAAGGCUAUUCUGUGGUACCCUCCCGAGCACAUGAUCAACGUCAUUCGUGAGAUUAUCUACGGUUUCGGAGGAGCGUGUGCUACACAUGAGAUCUAUGAGUUCUUGAGCACCAAAGAUAAGAAUGCUCGUGUUGGACGCUAUGUGUGGCUGACCUUUGUCGCCAUUUUCUGUGAGGCCCUUCUUAUUGUCAAGAUGGGUUGGGACGUGGUCACCAUCCCUCUGCCGCGCACGGCUGUGGUGUUUUGGACCACCCUAGCUGGUGUGUUUCUGAUAUGGGUGGUCUGGCAUUUCACUCUUCCCUUCAAACACAUGCCCAUCAUCGGGCCGCACUAUCGGAGGGCCAUGACCAAAUUGAGUUAUAUUUAUAUGUAUAUUGGCUUGUACAAGAGUAGCUAGGUUUAUUCUCAUAACUGUGUGCUUGUUGACCCAUUAUAAUUACAUAAUUUAUUGUGUUUUAAUUAUGAUUUUAUCCAUUUGUUUUUUGCAUGGAAUUAAAUUAAUGGCAAUAUACUUCUAAAGUCAC